AUGCAGAAGUUCAAGGAGAGUUUCCGCACAAACACGCCCAUCGAGAUCGGCCAGCUCCAGCCAGCUCCACGCAGCGUGUCAGCAGGGAAGAGGAGGCGAAGAAGCAAGUCUCGAGGGGGAAUCAGCUUUGGGAGAAACAAAGGGACUUCAGGUUCAGAGGCAGAUGAUGAAACCCAACUGACGUUCUACACAGAGCAGUACCGCAGUCGUCGCCGCAGCAAAGGUUUGCUGAAAAGCCCAGUGAACAAGACAGCCCUGACACUGAUUGCUGUCAGCUCCUGCGUCCUGGCCAUGGUGUGUGGCAGCCAGAUGUCCUGCCCGCUCACUGUGAAGGUGACUCUGCACGUGCCGGAGCACUUCAUUGCAGAUGGGAGCAGCUUCGUGGUCAGUGAAGGGAGCUACCUGGACAUCUCAGACUGGUUAAACCCGGCCAAGCUGUCCCUGUACUACCAGAUCAACGCCACUUCACCAUGGGUGAGGGACCUCUGUGGACAGAGGACGACAGAUGCCUGCGAGCAGCUCUGUGACCCAGAAACUGGAGAAUGCAGCUGCCAUGAAGGAUUUGCACCUGACCCCAUGCAUAAACAUCUUUGUGUGCGCAGUGACUGGGGACAGAGUGAAGGACCUUGGCCAUACACAACCCUUGAGAGGGGCUAUGAUCUUGUGACAGGGGAGCAAGCCCCUGAGAAGAUUCUCAGCUUGGGCCAAGGACUCUGGCUUCCUGUCAGCAAAAGCUUUGUGGUCCCGCCUGUGGAGCUGUCUAUCAACCCUCUGGCCAGCUGUAAGACGGAUGUUCUCGUGACAGAAGACCCUGCAGAUGUCAGGGAAGAAGCGAUGCUGUCCACGUACUUUGAAACCAUCAAUGACCUGCUGUCCUCCUUUGGACCAGUUCGUGAUUGCUCCCGGAACAACGGAGGUUGCACCCGUAACUUCAAGUGUGUGUCUGACCGCCAAGUCGACUCUUCAGGUUGUGUGUGCCCAGAGGAGCUGAGGCCCAUGAAAGAUGGCUCGGGCUGCUACGACCACUCCAAAGGCAUCGACUGCUCCGAUGGCUUUAAUGGCGGCUGUGAGCAGCUGUGCCUGCAGCAGACCCUGCCUUUGCCCUAUGAUGCCACCUCCAGCACCAUCUUCAUGUUCUGCGGCUGUGUGGAGGAGUACAAGCUGGCGCCUGAUGGAAAAUCCUGCCUGAUGCUCUCAGAUGUCUGCGAGGGCCCCAAGUGCCUCAAGCCCGACUCCAAAUUCAACGAUACCCUCUUUGGAGAAAUGCUACAUGGUUACAACAACCGGACCCAGCAUGUGAACCAAGGGCAAGUCUUCCAGAUGACCUUCAGGGAGAACAACUUCAUCAAGGACUUCCCCCAGCUGGCGGACGGGCUGCUGGUGAUCCCGCUGCCGGUGGAGGAGCAGUGCCGGGGGGUCCUCUCUGAGCCCCUGCCAGACCUCCAGCUGCUUACUGGGGACAUCAGGUACGAUGAGGCCAUGGGUUACCCCAUGGUGCAGCAGUGGCGGGUCCGGAGCAACCUAUACCGAGUGAAGCUCAGCACAAUCACCCUCUCAGCAGAGUUCACCAACGUCCUCAAGAUCCUGACCAAGGAGAGCAGUCGGGAGGAGCUGCUGUCCUUCCUCCAGCACUACGGCUCCCACUACAUUGCCGAGGCCCUCUAUGGCUCGGAGCUCACCUGCAUCAUCCAUUUCCCCAGCAAGAAGGUCCAGCAGCAACUCUGGCUCCAGUAUCAGAAAGAAACCACAGAGCUGGGCAGCAAGAAGGAGCUGAAGUCCAUGCCCUUCAUCACCUACCUCUCUGGUCUGCUGACAGCCCAGAUGCUCUCGGAUGACCAGCUCAUCUCAGGGGUGGAGAUCCGCUGUGAGGAGAAGGGUCGCUGUCCAUCCACCUGUCAUCUCUGUCGCCGGCCGGGCAAGGAGCAGCUGAGCCCUACACCAGUGCUGCUGGAGAUCAACCGUGUAAUACCAUUGUACACCCUCAUCCAAGACAAUGGCACCAAAGAGGCCUUCAAGGGUGCACUGAUGAGCUCCUACUGGUGCUCAGGGAAAGGGGACGUGAUUGAUGAUUGGUGCAGAUGUGACCUCAGCGCCUUUGAUGCCAACGGGCUCCCCAACUGCAGCCCCCUCCCACAGCCGGUGCUGCGGCUGUCCCCAACGGUGGAGCCUUCCAGCACCGUGGUCUCCUUGGAGUGGGUGGAUGUUCAGCCAGCUAUUGGGACCAAGGUCUCAGACUAUAUUCUGCAGCACAAGAAAGUGGAUGAAUACACGGAUACUGACCUUUACACAGGAGAAUUCCUGAGUUUUGCUGAUGACUUGCUCUCUGGCCUGGGUACAUCUUGCGUAGCAGCUGGUCGAAGCCAUGGAGAGGUCCCUGAAGUCAGUAUCUACUCAGUCAUCUUCAAGUGUCUGGAGCCUGACGGUCUCUACAAGUUUACUUUGUAUGCUGUGGAUACACGAGGGCGGCACUCAGAGCUCAGCACAGUGACCCUGCGGACAGCCUGUCCACUGGUGGAUGACAACAAAGCAGAAGAGAUAGCUGACAAGAUCUACAAUCUGUACAAUGGGUACACAAGUGGAAAGGAGCAGCAGACUGCCUAUAACACACUGAUGGAGGUCUCAGCAUCGAUGCUGUUUAGAGUCCAGCACCACUACAACUCGCACUAUGAGAAGUUUGGAGACUUUGUCUGGAGGAGUGAGGAUGAGCUGGGACCCAGGAAGGCCCACCUGAUCCUGCGGCGACUGGAGCGGGUGAGCAGUCACUGCUCCAGCCUUCUGCGAAGCGCCUUCAUCCAGAGCCGAGUGGACACUGUGCCCUACCUUUUUUGCCGCAGUGAAGAGGUUCGGCCAGCAGGCAUGGUCUGGUAUAGCAUCCUUAAGGACACCAAAAUCACCUGCGAGGAGAAGAUGGUGUCCAUGGCCCGAAAUACGUACGGGGAGUCCAAGGGCCGGUGA